AUGGCCCCUUCCGCUAUAGAAGAACAAACCCCAUUCGAAAAUAUCACCAUCAAGUCAUGGAGCCGACCUGCGCCUACUAGUGAGAAGCUUGAUUGGGCACCCCUAGUUGAGAUCGAUCUUUCUCGUUUCGACAAACCUGGCGGAAAAGAAGAACUCGCGAAACAAUUAUACGAUGCUGUGACACGAGUCGGGUUUUGGGUAGUGGUCGGACAUGGAAUCGACGACGAGCGUAUUCUGCGCCAAUUCAGUAUCGGAAAUGCAUUUUUCAAGGAGAAUCUUGAAGAAAAGCGAAGCUUCGAAUGCAAUUUUGCCGAGGGUGAGUAUUUCGGCUACCGUGAAAACUCAAGAUGGAUUGGAGAAACGGGUGUGAAAGACAAUAUAGAAAUGCUGAAUAUUCCCAAGGCCAUUCCUGCAUGGGAUGAUGUUCCCAAACACAGGAUCGUCCGUCAGAACUACGAUGAAAUUUCCGGCUUCCAUCGAGAUCUUUUCGACAAGGUUAUCCGCAAACUGUUUGUCUUGAUGGCAAUUAUUCUGGAAUUGCCAGAAGACCACCUGGUUCAAGCCCACGCCUAUGACAAGCGUUCCGAUGACCACUUGCGAUACAUGAUCUACAACACUCGCACGCAGGAGGAAUGGGAUAAAGCGCAGGCGUACACCAAGGGCGGUCACACGGACUUUGGUAGCUUGACCUUGCUCUUCUCGCAGCAUGUUGCUGGUUUGCAGAUCCGCGCGCCAGACGGGGAAUGGAAAUAUGUUAAGUCUGUUGAAGGUGGGAUUACGUGCAAUAUUGCGGACACGCUAUCAUUCCUUACCAAUGGCUUCCUCAAAUCGACCAUCCAUCGUGUUGUCACACCUCCGAGGGAUCAAAUCAAUAUUUCCCGUCUUGGGUUGCUCUAUUUCUGUAGACCAGGUGAUCAUACCGUGAUGAGAACUGUGCCCUCGCCUUUGCUUGGCCGUCUUGGUCUUCUAACUGAAGAAGAUAAAAGUCCAAGCAAGCCUGCUCCCACGGGGACUGAGUAUGUGCGAGCUCGGGUUCGGGAUGUUCAUCAUAAGACUGUGAUUAAUCGUCGGGAGAACACUUCAUUUGAGUUCAAAGGACUUAAAGUGCCAAACUAUUAUCAGUGA